UUUUGCCUUUUCAUGAACUCUACUCCCUCAACCCCGCCCUCCCCCAGCUCUUCGCAACCUAGUAGAAAGCGUCAACGAAGCAGCUCCAUGGUUUCCGAUACAUCUUCAUCAUCCAUCAAGCGCUCGCUUUCAUCACAGGACACCGACCCCAUUGCCGCUCUCUCCCUCUCCGAUCCUUCCACCGACGCUGAUGCUUACAUGGCCGACCUCGACAAGGAUACCCUCCAGUUUACGCCAGCCUCAACUGUUGCUUUUCUUUCGGUGCCACCGGCUGAAAAAAUGACGCGCGUCGAUGCUGCAAGGGCCCAGCCGCUCCAGCUUGGUUCUUCGUGGUAUCUCGUCGAUAGGACCUGGUGGAAGCGAUGGAGAAAGGCUUGUGGUGGGGUUGUGGACAAGGAGGGUCCACUUACAGAAAGCGAGCUUGGGCCAGUCGACAAUGCACCGCUCAUCAACCCACAAGGUCACCUCCGGAUCCCGCUUUCGGAUGGUAUAGAUUUCGAGUUAGUUCCAGAAAGUGUCUGGCUGGACUUCGUCUCUUGGUAUGGCGCGCCUACAUACACCUUACCACGUCAAGUCGUCCAGCGGGGCGUUAUGAACGAGCUCUCAGUCGAACUAUACCCUCUUCGACUUUCUGUCUUGAGAAUGGUUUCCGUUCGCUCACUCGAUGAUCAAGAGACUGAACCUGCUACCGUUGUCGUAAGCGCGACUUCAUCCAUCGAGGAGGCCAGCAAGCUACUUGUCGCUUCUGUUCGUCCUUCUGAUGUGCCAGAGAAAGGACCCCGUCGCAUCUGGCGCGCAAACAAGCCUCCGGUCCUGGGUUUCGAAACAAUCGAGUUUUUGGUGGAUGACUAUGCGAGGUAUGAGUGCGAAGUCUUCGAUAUGGGCCCACGCACCCUCGAUGAAAUGGGUAUCCAACAAGAUGAUCAUUUUGUUGUCGAGUUCAAAGGGGAUCAGUGGUUGGCACCAACUCCUCCUGAGAAAAGUGUGACCAUAGUUGGACCCGUGGCCCCUCCGAUGUUUCCAUCCAAUGAGGGAUUCUUCAACAAGAUGGGAAACUCGCGAGCUGUUGGCCCUAAAUCCAGCCCUACCUUUACGCCUCGCUUCACUCCCAUUGCAGGCCCACCUCUCAAGCCUAUCGAGCCUGGCACACUGGGCCUUGGAAAUAUGGGCAAUACGUGUUUCAUGAACUCGGCGCUUCAAUGUCUGGCUCACCAACCGGAACUCGCAGAUUAUUUCCUGACUGGUGUCUAUCAGGAAGAACUUAACCCAGAUAAUCCUCUCGGCAUGCAGGGCGCGAUCGCAGAGGCUUUCGGGGACCUUCUUAAACGUAUUUGGGCGUCAACGAGCACUUCGACAUCUUACUCGCCUCGUGAAUUCAAGAGUCAGCUCCAGCGCUUCGCUCCUCAAUUUAGCGGAUACCAACAGCACGAUUCACAAGAACUUGUUGCAUUCCUUCUUGAUGGUUUGCACGAGGAUCUCAAUCGGGUUAUCAAGAAGCCCUACGUUGAAAAACCUGAUUGGGAGGGUGGAGGCGAUGUUGAGCUCGUCCAACUCGCACAGAAGUCUUGGGAGGGUUAUAUGUUGCGAAACGACAGCGUCAUCGUCGAUCUGUUCCAAGGUCAAUACCAAAGCACACUGGUGUGCCCCGAGUGCAAUAAGAUUUCGAUCACGUUCGACCCAUUUAUGUACCUCACCCUACCACUUCCAGUAAACAAAAAGUGGCACCACAAGAUUUACUAUGUGCCAUGGGAUUCCGAGAAGCCCCAUCUUGAGAUCCCUGUGCAAGUCGGGGUAGACGCGUCUUUCAGGGAACUGCGACAACUUCUCGGUCGAUGGAUGGGCGUUCCACCAGAAAACCUACUCACGUUAGAAGUAUUCUCCAAUAAAUUCUACAAGAGCUGGGAUGACACCCACCUGUGCGGCGAGGUCGGCUCGACCGACCAGAUCGUCUGUUUUGAGCUUCCUUGUAAUUCUCAGCAAAGCAGAACCUACAAGAAACAGGAGGGAGACCCAUUGAUUCUACCUGUCUACCUCGCCGACCUCAAAACGCCGACCUCGGCUCGCGUAGGAGGUGGAACUUUUUAUGGCACCUCCUCGUACUUCGGUUUCCCCUCCAUUGCUGUCUUAAGCUCAGAACAAGCCUCGGAUCCAGCCGCUAUCUAUGAAGCCCUCGUUCAUCGCCUUGUUCGCUGGUCGAAGAACACACAGGACUUGUUUACCUGGGAGCAUGGCAGCAGCAAAAUCACGACAAUUCCCAUACCGAAUGGCGUCCCCGAAGAUAGCCUAGUUGAAAUCAAGGCCAAUGGCGAUGUCAUUGAGCAUCCACCUGAAGCACCCGAAGGGGACAUCACUGACGAGAAAUCGGUUAUUGUUGCGGAUGAUGACGACGUGGCAAUGGAGGAAAUGGAACCCGAGCUCGUACGCAUGGGGCCGAAAGCCGAACUUUUUGCGAUCAGGAUACAAGCAGACUCCAAGGAAUAUGGGACCGGCGCAUACUCAUAUAACACCCGAACCUUGUCGCUUUCAACUCGAGCAGAAGAGGUCAAACCAGGAGAAUCGCUCUUAAAGCAAGGCGAUCUGAUUGUUUGCGAGUUCGAUGAAAACCUAAAACCGUUCUACUUUGGAGAGUUGCGCGAGAAGGCGCAAUGGGAUGAAUGGGAACUGUUUGAGCAUGACGAAGUCAAGGCUGCUCGUGAAGAAAAUCACCAAAAACAGAAACAAGGAAUCUCGCUACAGGACUGUUUAGACGAGUUCACGAAGAAAGAGCAGCUGGGCGAGGACGAUUUGUGGUAUUGCCCCAAGUGCAAGAAGCAUCAACAGGCCACGAAGAAGUUUGACCUCUGGAAAGUGCCGGAUAUUCUUGUUGUCCAUCUGAAGCGGUUCAGCAACAGUCGAACGCUGAGGGACAAGAUUGACGCACCCAUUGAUUUUCCAAUUGAGGGUCUCGACUUGAGCAGUAUGGUCGGCGAGCGUGCGGCAGCGAAGCGAUUGAUGGAAGCAGGAGUUGGCUUGGAAGGUCUGGAGCUGGGCAAUCCGGAUGAGCCAUUGAUUUAUGACUUGUUUGGAGUGGACGAGCAUAUUGGUGGUCUUGGAGGUGGACAUUAUCGCGCGUAUGCUCUCAACCACAGCAACGAAAAGUGGUAUCACUUCGAUGAUUCCUAUGUUACCCCGUCUUCUGCUGACAAGUCCGUGAACCCCAACGCUUACCUGUUGUUUUAUCGACGUCGGACAAACAAGCCUUUGGGUGGAAAGACGACUGAGAAGAUUGCAGUUGCCCGACAACAGCGUGUUGUGGAGCCAACGACGAUUGCGGAGCCGGAUGCUGCUGCUAUUGAGCCUCAUGAUGACCGUGACGAUCUUGGGAUGCCAGAGUUGAACUCUUCUUUUCUCUCUCGGAUACGGUCAACCGCAACAUCAUCGCCCUCAUCUCUCCAUGACGAACCACCUGAUCUUGAAGACCCGAUUGAAAUUAUGGACCCUCUUGAGCGGGCCAACGCAAAUUACGACUUCCCAGACCCUUCAUCGAGCAAGGCGUCACCAACAUCGUCGACAGAGGCGGACGGUGGUGACGCGGAAGAUUCAUGGCAUUCCUUCCAUAGCCCUGCUUGGCCAUCACCGCUGAACAUGAGCUCACCUGCAGAGGACGCUAGUGAGAAUCCCUUUAUCAGCCCCAGAUCGUAUUAG